GGAAUGAUCUGAUGGUCGGUCUCAGAUGAUCAGAUCAGACCAGACCCAACUGCUGGCUCCUUGCCUAACCACCACUCACUGCCCACUUCAUGCCCUGCACGUCUACUGACUGCACGCGUACAGUACGACGACCGAGCAACUACUGGCCUGGUAGUGGUAGGGCGCGAGCACUACAUGCUUCCAUGCAGUAUCUGAGAUGCAGGCCUUCUUUAUAUAUACAACCACUGGCACUGCACAAUGUGUAUGUGUAGGGUAUGCCGGUAGGGCCUCAACUUCAUUUACGCGGCGGCGGUAGUAGCAGACUGGGAGUGUCCUUGGGCGGUGACGACGCACGAUGGCCGGCAGGAGGCUGCCGGCGCUGUGCGGCGGCGGCCGGGCGGCGACGACGCGGGUGAGGAGGAAGCGGGCGGCCUGCUCCUCCUCACCGGCCUCCAAGCUCGCCGUGGCGGCGCUGGCCAGCGGCGCCGGCAAUAAGGCCAGUAGUAAGGGUGGUAGUCCAGGAGGAGUUGUUGGAGGGUGCUACGUCGACGGCAACGGCGCGCUGAUGGUGGAGGUGGGCGGCGCCGGCGCGGCGGGGGCCAGGAAGAAGAAGAAGGACGGCGGCGGGCGGCGGGUGAUGGUGCUGGCCGACGGGCGCGCCGAGGCGGCCGGCGCGCUGCAGUGGGCGCUGUCGCAGGCCGUCCGGAGCAACGACACCGUCGUCCUCCUCGCCGUCGUCAAGCCGCUCGCCCAAGACGCUGUUAGCGAUUCGUGUGUCAAGAUGCUGGGGACGAAGAGCCAGCAGCACCUUGACGCCUUGAGGACCCUGUGCGAAUCAACAAGGCCAGAGGUGAAGGUGGAGACGUGCGCGGUGGAGGCGGAGGAGCGCGCGCCGGCGGUGGUGGAGGCGGCGAGACGGCACGGCGCGUCGCUGCUUGUGCUGGGCCAGCGCCGGCGCCGCGCGGUGGCGCGGUGGCUGCAGGCGCUGUGGCGGCGGCGGCGGCGGCGGCGCGGGGGCUCCGGCUCCCCCGGCGGGAUGGUGGAGUACUGCAUCGAGCACGCGCCGUGCGUGGCGCUGGCGGUGCGGCGGCGAAGCUCCGGCGGCUACCUCCUAUGUUGCCCGGAUAUGCGGAUACGGAUACCAACUCCUGAGGAACCAAAGAGUUCUCCCAUGGCGACGGCCGCGUCCACAACCAGCAGCGACGGCGGCGGGCUGUCGCGGUCUGCCUCAGCCAUCGUCGCCGUCGCCGAGAGCGGCCAGCACCUGCUGAGGAUCGACGGCUACUCCCACACCAUGGACGUCCCCACCGGCAGCGACAUCAAGUCCCCGCCCUUCAGCGUCGGGGGCCACAGCUGCUGCAUUAGCUACUACCCCAACGGCCUCAGCUCGGCCUGGUCCGACUACAUCUCCCUCUUCCUCCAGCUCGAUGGCGGCGCCCCACAGGACGUCUGGGUCCGGCACACGUUCAGCCUGCUCGGCCGCGAGGGGAAGCCGGUGCCGUACUUCAUAAACAGCGGGAAGAAGAUCUUCACCGACUGGGGCACCUCGGCCUUCAUCAGGAGGAGCGAGCUCGAGGGGUCCGAGCACCUCCGGGGCAACAGCUUCACGAUAAGGUGCAACGUCACGGUCACCAAGGAGAUCCAGACGAAGAGCGUCGACGUUGGCGCCAGCGCAGCCCCGACGGUAGCGCCGCUGCCGCCGGACCCGGACUUGCACCGCCACCUGGCUGGCCUCCUCGCGACCGGGGAGGCCACGGACGUUGUGUUCGAGGUGGACGACAAGACUUUCAUGGCGCACCGGUGUGUGCUCUGUUGCAGUAAUUACUCCUGA